GUGUUGAAUACCAAAUGUGCGCUUACUCUGCCCCCUACGCGCGAUGCUCUUACAUGCAGGUGGUGGGCCGCGCAACGGGGGAUCCCUGACACUAUUAUAUGGCAGACAAAAAGGAAGGUGGCCUGUAGUAAAUAAACUAACAUUCCAAAGUUAAGUGGUUCAAUGGGUUCUUAGCUAGUUAACACUACACAUGAGUAGGCUUCAAUGCUGUACAAUGAUUUAAUAACAAUAUCAGGGUGUUUUUGUUAAAGAAAAUAUCGCCUAUGACUUGUACAGUUCUAGUGGUACCCUUUCUAUUUUAGUUUUGUGAAAUAUUUAGAUUGGAAACAGAUCAUAUUUGUAUUUUUCAAGGGGCAAUAUUUAGAUUACCUAUGCACAGAGGAAAUAUAGUGUUUGAUUGUUUACAGCGUAACCUAUGUUACCACUUAUGAUAAGCAAAUUAAGACCAGUAAAAUCCAAAUUUAAACUAGAAAACAAAGAGAAAAAGUGUGGUUUUUGGGAGGAUGAUUGCAUAACCUUUUACCUGCGAUGACAUAACCUUUGAGGUGCUAAAGAACCACAAGGUCCUCUGACAAGGGGAUUUACACCUAUUGUUUUGCAAAUGUAACAAUAACUUGGUAAUAAUAUUCCCCAAACUGGCCAAUCAAAUGUUAAAUAGAGGGUUCAGAUCAAUUGGCCACGCAUCAUGGAAAAGGGCACCGGACCUCAUAAGUAAUAGAUUUAUUAACAUGGUCAUUUAGAUGGAAAGAAAAGGCACUGAGCAAUGGAUUAUUGCAGGUUACGUCUAGGUGUGGCAGGGAUAAUAAUGGAAUAAAAAGAAGCACUGGAAAGGUUGCAGAGUGGGAAUACUUAACAUAGGGCAUUGUUCAGGUGCAAGUUGUAAACAUUUAACGGAAGGCGGCAAGUUGCGGCUUAGAGAACUUGGAUAUUCAGUUUAUGGAGGAGACUGCGACGAAGAUUAAUUUUAGCCAGUGAAUUGAAUUACAGUAUUGGAUAAAUCUUUAUACUUAAGGAUAAAACUUUAUGUUGAUAAGAUUUUCGGCUGAUCUGGGUUACGUAUUGCAGAAUGGAUUGCUGUAUCAAUGACUUGUGCGUUGGCAUCUGGCAUGGCAUCCAUACCCAUGCCAUCAUGGGAUGAUCCCAGCAAGGUGCCAGAAACUCUAGAAAUCAUGGAGUCCAUAGAAGAAGUGAAAGACAUUGAGAAUAUGCUGGUCCAGUUGCGCGAGCUGCUGACCAAUGCUUUUGAUGAUCUUCUUGAUGAAGAUGACAAUACAUCUCUCUCCUCAGAACUCUCUCAUGACUCAGGGGCACACUCAGAGGAGAAAGGCCGACACACAAAUGGCCACUGGAAGCCUCCUGUGACUUGGGAUGAUAUAAACCACCAUGGUGGUGCCUACCCUACCUCCACCCCCAUGACUCACAACCCCCCUCCCCUGACCACGCCCGGCCCUGGGCUGACCCACCAGCUGAAGCAGGUCUAUGAUAUGCUGGCACACAAUGGUGGACCACAACAGCCAGGGGAUUAUGAUGACCAGCAGUGGGAACAUGUAAACGGGGGUCAGGUUAAUGGUUGGGAUGGGCACAAUGACCAUGGGAACCAAGUAAAUAGUGGUCAUCCAGAUGAUUGGGAUGGACAAGAUGACCAAGAAGACCAUGUGAAUGGUGGUCAGCCAGAUGAUUGGGAUGGUCAAGAUGACCACCAGGACUAUGAUGGUAGUCAUGAGGACUUACAGGAGAGAGGGCAGGGAGAAGGUGGCAAUGAACCCCCAGAUAAUGGCGGGUACCUUCAACAUCCAAAUGGACUCCACCAGGAUGGAUAUCUCCAUCAUAUCCCUAAUGGAUAUCACCCUGCCUAUCAUGGCACCCACCACCCACACCCACAUCAGCAAGACUAUCCCAGGCUAUAUCACCACACAGAGGGCUACUACAUACCAAACUAUGGCCCUAACCCCCAGCCAUAUAACAGUGGCCCGUACAGCCCAGAGAGGAGGGCCAGUGGGAGUGGCCCACCCAAUGGAUUGGUUGGGUCAGGAGAACAUCCCAGGAGGGGCAGUCUGCCAGUCUAUGGCCUGGACCAGCCUGGCCACAUGAACAGACAUGACAAAACCUCUCCUCAGGAACUCAUUGAUGGGUAUAAAGUCCAGUUCAUGGGGAGGAAGGUACCCGAGACCAUGACUGAACAUGAGGAGAAACAUGACAAUAUUCAGCAGGCUUUCAUGGAACAAGGUGGCAGCACAGAGCACCGUCAGCAUGCCCAGCUCCAGAUCCUGUACAAGGCACGGGGCCGACAGCUGGACCAGCUCCAGCAGGACUAUGCUGUGUUGAAAGAGGACACGGCCAGGGAGAUGCGGGUUCUGAAACACCAGCUGGCUCUGGCUCAAGGUGAGAGGGAUGGCAUGUCUGAGAGUUUACAGCAGGUCAACCAGCUUCUGCAGGAUGCCCAGGAAGAGAACACAGCACUGAAGGGGAGAAUAGCUGCUAUGGAGAAGGAACUGGACACAGUGAAACAGGCCAAAGAAGAGACAAUCCACAAACUACAGAUGGCAGAAGCCACCAUGGAGAACAUGACCCAGCACGUGACUGAGCUCGGCAACAGUGAGAGCCUGACGCGAGCACGUGAGCAGCACGAGGCUGUUGUGAGCAGCAUCCAACAGAAGCACCAGCAGGAAACACUCAACCUGAAGGCAAGGCUGGAUGAACAGCAAGAGGAACUGCAACAGAAGCAUGAUGAAAUCUCGUCCCUCCGCCAGCAGCUAUCUGUUCACAUGAAAGCAUCAGAAAAUGCCCACAUUGAGAGAGCAGACACCAUCAACAGGCUGACUCGCAGCCUGGAGGAGAGCCAGAGACAAGUACAGGACCUGCUAGCUGCAGGUUCCUCCCAAGAACUGGGUCAUCUGAAAGCUCAGUUACAGCAGAUGUCUGCUGCCAAAACCAUGACUGAUGAUAUGUACACAGCUUUAAAGGGAGAGAUGAGUGAGCUGAAGGAGCAGCUGACCAUGUAUGAGUCUGCGGCAUCCUGUGGGGUGUUUGUUAAUGGUGCUGAGAACACACAUUCUGAAUCAUUUGCUCAACUAGGAGUCAAGAAAACACUUGACUGGAAAACGCCUAAACAAGUCCCCUCCAAGGUCACAGCAGGUGGUGACACCUACAGUCCGGAGAACACCAUUGCCACCCUGAAAGCAGAGCUACAGAAAUGUCUGUCCAACAACAAGAACAAGAGGGAGCAGGUGACCUCUCUGCAGGCUGAACUGGGGACUCUCCGGGCAAACCUGGAAUCUGCUAGAACAGGUCUGAAGAAGGUGGAGAGUGAGAGUGAUAAGAAAGAUAAUCGCAUCCAUGAGUUAGAGAGUGAACUAGCAGAGUUGAAGUUGGACCCCAGUGGUAUUUCAGGUGUAGAGAAGAGACUGCGAAGGGAGGUGGAGAGAUAUCAGAGGGAACUGGAGGACAAGGAGCAAGAGUUAGAGGAAACAAAACACAGGCUUGAAGAAGUUGCUUCCAAUGAAGAACGUCUGGGAGAGAUUAACUCUGAAUUAAACCACCAGAUGGCGCUGAUGGUACAGGAAUUUGAUGAAGAUAAGAAGACAGCUUUAGAGAAGUGUCAGGAAGCCUGCUUGCAGCAUCAUGAGGUUGCCAAGGCCAAAUUGCGAGAGGAAUUAAUGUGUCAGCAGAAUGAGGACAGAACCAAACUAUUAGAGCAACAUGACAGUGAAAUCAAACAACUGAAGGCUGAGCUUGUACAGUGUCAGAAAGAGUUGGAUGAAGUGAAAGAACUUUAUGUCAACAUUUGUGAAGAGAAGGAAACUUUGGAGGAGAAAUUACGUCAGGACUGGGAAACUAAACUAGAAGAGGAGAUCAGCAAGGUCAGAUCUGAGUGUGACCAAGAGAAAGAUGAGGCACUUGACAAGCAGCAGAAAGAAUUAACCAGCAAAUCCCAGGAGAAACUGAACAAGGAAAUGUGGAGACAGGAGCAAGAAGAAGAGCUGAAGAGGAGGGUGCAGGCACAGGUUGCUAUGGCCAAAGUGGCCUGGUUUGAUGAACAGCGUGAGUCCAAGGAGGCUGCUGUAGCAUCUGCCGUGAAACAGGUAGAGAAGCAAUGGCAGCUGAAGUUUGAGGAGAAAAUUGAGAAUGAAGUGGAGAGGAAGAUGUAUGCUGCUAAAUCCAAAUUAGAAAGUGAUAGAAGACUGAGCUUUGAGAACGAGUUGCUGGAGCGCCUGAAGCUGGAGAAGAAGAAAUGGGAAGAGCAGACGGAGGUCCAGAUAUCAUCUGCUGUAGAGAAGGCCAGGCUGAAGUGGGAGCAGCAACACCGGCCUCAGGAUGUGGACACUCUGAAGGCACAGUGGAUGCAGGGACAACAGGAACUCAUUGAGCAGGAAGUUGCCAAAGCUCUAAAAGAAGCUAAAGACAAUUGGGAACAUGCUCAGAGGUCUGAAAUAGAAACAGCUUUGAUGAAGGCAAAGCUUCAGGCUGAGACGGAACUUCGAGAAGCAGUUGAUAAAGUCAAGGUUACUCACAAACAGGAAGUUGAAAGUCUGAAAUUGGAAUUGGAAAACCUAGAGAAAGAGUCACACUCUGCCAAAUCAUCGUGGUUGGCUGAAAAGCAAAAAGUGUUGACCCAGAAAGAGGCUGAGCAGCAGAGGGCGCUGCAUGAGCUGGAGGAGCAGCAGGCAGCACAGAUAAAGGAGAUGCAGGAGGUUCAGCUGGGGAUUUUGCAGUCUAACCUCAGGAAUGCCAAGGAACAAUAUGAUAGAGAAAAGACUGCACUCCAAAAGCAAUAUGAGGAGCAAAUAGACCACUUGAAGAAGAGAGUGAAAAACCUACAGAGUGAGCAUGCCAAAGCUGACAGUGAUGCUCUGCAGGAAUUACAACAACAGUUUUGCAAGGAGAAAGAAGUUUUGGAGAGCACCUGGCAGAAGAGGCUCGAAGAUGCUAACAGAAGUCAUGGGCACCAGAUGGAGACACUGAAGACAAAGCUGCAAGAAGAGACUGAGUCUAUCCUAGCUGAGGCCAGGAAGGAGUGGACACUGCAAUAUGAACAGGAGAUGAAGAAGGCCUGUCAGGAGGUGGCAGAAAACCAAAAGCAAUUGUGGGAAAAUGAGAGAUCAAAACUGAUGCAGAAAAUCAAAGAUUUAGAAGAGCAGUUACAGACAACUCAUGCCAACUGGGAGAGUGAACUGGAGACACUGAGAGCCGACAUGGAGAGAACCCAGUACGGGAAGGUACCUUUAGAUGGCUCAGGUUCAAAGUCUUCUCCGGAAAGAAAGUAUGAACAGCAACUGGCCAGUUUACAAGCCAGGCUGAGUGCCAAGGAAGAGGAGCUUCAGCAGUCUGAACAGUUCUACAGCGCAAGACUGCAAAAUGCUCAAGCAGAUCUACAGGAGGAGUGUGACAAGGCCAUAGAAAGGCUGGAGCAGGAAAAACACAGGUUGGCCGAGCAGAUUGACGAUUUAAAGAGCAAGCUAGAGAAGCUAGAUUCCAGGAAGAGAGAGUUGCAAACGGUGCUGCAGCAGUCUGAGGAGGAGCACAGACAGAGCGUGAACAGCUACAAGGAUAAAAACAACGAGCUGAAUGAAAAGGUCAGACAAUUGGAGGAGCAGUUGAAAAGUGCAAAAAGUCAACAAGAGAAUUCCCUGGACAACCUUCGGCAACAUUUGGAAGAGAAACAUAUGGCUGCUGUAGAGGAUUUCAGGUGGAAGUUAUUUGAAUCAAACAGAGACAAUCAGGCAGCCAUAGAGAGAAUAAACAGAGAACAUGAAAGAGAAAUAAGAGACUUGAAACAGAAAGUGGAGAAUCAAAGGAAAGAAGUUGUGUGCACACCUGUUCAGACUGAUGGAGGUCUUGUGGAUGCCAAGCUGCUGGACCAGCUGAAGGCACAUUACCUGGAAACAGUGACUAAGAUCAGAGAGGAUGUCCUGAGGCAUGUGAAUGAGACCAAUUCCCGUGCAGCCAAGCGUGUGAAGGCCGAGGUGGCCAAGGAGAGACAGGCCACUGCAGCCAGGGUGAAGACAUUCUGUAUCAGGGGCCUGGAGAAGCUCCUCAGUAACAUGGACAGUGCCAAAAAGUCAAAGAUCAUAUCAGCCAUGAAAGAGCUCCUACAGCAGUUUUCCCCCAAUCCUACACCUUCUUCUACACCAAAGCCCAAUCCCAGAGAAACUCCCAGUAGAAAUAGUACUGAAUAUCAUGGGGACCCCAUGCAGCCUACUAAGGAACACCCCAGCCUCUCUAGUCAACGCACACUAACUCCAGGCUACAGGAACAAUACUGCACCAGAUGUGCCCAGGUUAAACCCUGAGCAAGAUCAGGUCAGAGGAAAAACUUCACAUUAUGUGGUGGAUCUAAGUGUGAAAGGCACCGUGUCCCCAGGACCCCAUGGACUCACCCAAGAGGAACCAACCACACCAAGUAGAGAAUCGGCCUUCCAUCAGAUAGGGGGCGCUGGGGGUCCUCACACACAGCAGGACAUCUUCAACUCAGAUCAGCAUGGUGCACUAGAGUUCCUGAAUAGAAUGGAAAACCAGUAUCCAUCAGAUCACUCCACUCCUGCCCCUGCUAGGGUAGAUGGUAGGAACAGUAAAGCUGACGACAGGCAAACAAGCACAGGCAACAGGAGGGUUAUCACAGGGAAUCAAAGAAACUCUUCCAGAUACAAUAACUACAGUAGCAACGGUGAAAUGGAUAUCCAUAUUGGGGAAUCAGAUGGAGGCUUGAGCAAGCUUCCACAGCAACCACGGACUUAUAAUCCUUCUCCGGAGAAAUUAGACUCUGAGCAGGAUUCUAGGUGUAGCUCACCUGCAGAAAACUUCAUAACUGUUCGAUCUGGCAGAGGGUUUCAAAGGGCUUCCUGUUUAGAGAAUGGGUAUUCCAAUGGUGAUAACCAGAAACCAAAACCCUCCCAAUUACAGCCAGUGAGAGACAUCCCAGAGGGGCGUUCUGCAGGAAGUGCUAUGCUUAAACCAAUUGCCAUGGUGACCAGACAUACACAGAUGCCAUCUCCUGCACCCAAAAAAUUAUCUCUUAAAUCAUGAAAAAAAAAUUGAGUUUGAUAGUUCAAUAUCUCAUGAUGAAUGAUGACACACAUCAGUGAGAAAGACAGGCACCUGAUUACUUCCAAGAUUUGAAUCAUUUAAUAUACUUAAAGCUUCCAUAUCUCAUCUGAGAGAUGCUAAACAAUCAUUUAAUUUAUUGUUACCAUCGUGUGAACACUUAUUUAUUGUCUGGGAGGGGGAGGUUUAAAUGUUGUGUUAUGGUUUUGAUGGACAAACUUUUACACCAUGACAAAUAAUUUUACAAGUUUAUCAGUAUUAUAGAAUUUUUGAAUGGAAUGAAUAAAUUAUUUUUAAUGGUUA